GCGAGGGCGAGAGAGACUUGUCAGUGGUGAGUUAGCCACCGUGGUGUUCGGACAGCCGCCUCCUCCAUGCGCUGACCUGGUCAUGCUGCACCAGGCCGACACUCACAAGAACGGCUUCGUGCCGGGGGGGAACAAGACAGACACCAAGACCUCCUGCGACAACCGUCCCGGCGAGCUGCUGCCUCUCAACAAAGCCAGCAGUGGCAAGGGGGACGACAAACACGACGACGGCGACGUGCGAGUGACUAUUCACGAAAAUCCUCUGGAGGAGGCCGCCGGCGACUGGGACAACAGCAGCAACCCUCAGCAGCAGGAGCUGGAACCACUGCAACAACAGCAACAGCAGCAGCCUCAGACACAAGUGCAGCAGCAGCAACAACAACAGCAGCAACAGCAAGAACAUGUAUCGUGGCGAGGCUGGCGAAGGUCCCGCGCAGAGAAAAGCCUUCUGGGGCUGGUGGUGCUGCUAGUCUUCGCGGUGCUGGGCCUCCUGCUGCUGCUGCUGCUGCGGCCCCCCUACACAGACACUUCGAGAAUAUGCCUGACGGAGGAAUGCGUCAAAACAGCCGCGUCCCUGCUGGAGGCGAUGGACCAGACUGCGGACCCCUGCAAUGACUUCUUCCAGUUUGCCUGCGGGAUGUGGAACAGGAAGCACGUGAUUCCUGAGGACCGCGCCUCCAUCAACACCUUCGAAGUGAUGGCGGACCAGCUGCAGAAGAUACUUAGAGGUCUUCUCCAGCAUCCAAUCAUGCAGGAUGAAGGAGAAGCUACCAAGAAAGCUAAGUUGUUCUACAGCGCCUGCAUGAACACUAGUCAGAUCGAGCAGACGGGCGACGCGCCAUUGCUGGAGGUGCUGGAGUCCCUGGGAGGCUGGCCCGUCACCACCCCGAACUGGACAGCCCCGAACUUCACGGUGGAGACCCUGAUUGGCCGGCUGCGGGGCGAGCUAAACCAGGGCAUCCUCAUCGACCAGUGGGUGGGACCUGACGAUAAGAACAGCUCUGUCAAUGUCAUACAGCUAGACCAGAUGGUGCUCGGAAUCUCCAGUCGGGACUACUUCCUGAGGGCCAACUCCUCCCUCAGAGCACUUAACGCCUACCUCAAGUUCAUGGAGGACGUGGCGGUGCUGCAGGGCGCGGACAGAGAGGCUGCACAGAAGGAGCUUGCCGAGGUGCUGGCCUUGGAGAUUCGCCUGGCCAACGCCACCAUGCCGGAGGCCGACCGUCAUGACACAGGCGAGAACUACAUGAAGAUGAGCCUGGCGAAGCUGGAACAGGAGGUGCCGGAGUUCAAGUGGACAGACUACCUCUCGGCUUUCCUGGACGAGGACCUGUCAGAAGACGAACCUAUCGUGGUGUACUCCAUGCCCUACCUGAAGCGUCUGGCUAAGAUCAUGGUGUCCUCUGAUACCAGGGUGCUGUGGAACUACGUGCUGUGGCGUCUGGUGCUGGAUAUGACACAGCACCUCAACCGUGACUACCGCGCCCGCCGUCAUGAGUUCCAGAAAGUGUUGUUGGGCAUCCAGUCUGACCGCAACCGCUGGAACUUGUGCAUCGACUGGACCAACAAGCGGCUGGGCAUGGCGGUGGGGGCGCUCUUCAUCAAGGAGAACUUCAACCCUGAGAGUAAAGAGACCGCCCUUGAGAUGAUCCACACCCUCCGCUCAGCCUUCUCCGACCUGCUGGAAGAGAACGACUGGAUGGACGACGAGACGAGGACGGUGGCCAGGGAGAAGGCGAACGCAAUGAACGAGAAGAUCGGAUACCCAGAAAUGUUGACGAGACCACAUGAACUUGCCAAGGAAUAUGAAAAUCUGACCAUCGUGGAGAACCAGCAUCUUCAGAAUAUUUUCAAUUGGCUUCGCUAUGAUGCCACGAAGAACCUGGGUCGCCUGAGGGAGGACGUCAACAAGUCUAAGUGGUCCACCGCCCCUGCUGUCCUCAACGCCUUCUACAACCCGAACUUCAACGAUAUAGUGUUCCCGGCGGGCAUCCUGCAACCGCUCUUCUACUCCCAGCAUCUGCCCAAGUCCCUCAACUACGGCGGCAUCGGAGUGGUGAUCGGGCACGAGAUGACUCACGGCUUCGACGACAAGGGGCGCCAGUUCGACAAGGAAGGGAACCUGAAGCAGUGGUGGAACAACAGAACCAUCCAGGCGUUCAGGGAACGAGCUCAGUGCAUCAUAGACCAGUACUCAGGCUAUAAGGUGGACCAGGUGGAUCAGUUCAUUAACGGCAGGAUGACGCAGGGAGAGAACAUCGCAGACAACGGAGGCAUCAAGCAGGCGUACAGGGCAUACAGGCAGUGGGUGGAGAGGAACGGAGAGGAGAAGCUGCUGCCGGGAAUCGACCUCACCCACGACCAACUCUUCUUCCUCAACUACGCCCGGAUCUGGUGCGGCACAAUGAGGCCCGAAGACGCUCUCUCUAAGAUUCGCUCUUCUGUGCACUCCCUGGGCCCCAUACGUGUCCUCGGGCCCCUCUCCAACUCCGUAGACUUCGCCAGGUCCUACAACUGCCCUGUCGGGAGUAGGAUGAACCCCGGCAAGAAGUGCUCGGUGUGGUGAGCAGCCAACGGCGGGUCACAUAACAACCACGAGAGAAAAACAAACCUACUAUAUAAUGUAUCCACUCCCGUCGCUGGUGGAAGAGGCACUUUGUUGGCUGACUGAGUUGUCGUUUCCAUACCGUGGCGUCUGACGCCCAGGAGAGCGAGCGAACCAGACAGCGAGACAGACACAAAGAAAGAGGGAGAAAGAAAGCAGAGAGAAAGAAAGAAAGAAAGAAAAAAAGGAGAGUCAGCUAGUCUCUUCUCUUUAAACGUUUUUUUUUUUUUU